GCGGCUGGGCUAAGAUGGAAGCGGGAAGAAAGAGAGGGUGCGGACGCCUGGGGGCACUAGUGGUCGGGUUGCUGUGGAGCCGGAGGGCGUAGGCGGUGGCUGUGGGGCGCGCUGCGAGAAGGGAACCCUGAAAGGAACCUGUGAAACAACCCGUCUAGGGACUCUGGCCUUCGUGGGAGGAAGCAAAGCUUUCCCAACUGCGUGUCUUCCUGGUUGCAACUCUGCUGCCCUUCGCUGGGUCCGCGCCUCGGCGCUCAAGGCCCCUCCAGUGAGCAAGCAAGCCAUGGUUCUUCUAACAGUCAUUUAAAGUGCCUGAGAGAUUUUCUCCAAGAACAUGCAAUUCAGAGGCUCCACGAGAGGAACAGUGAGCAGAAUGAGUACCUCACAGGACCAGAGUGGCUGCUCCAGUACUAGAGAGCCCCUUUUGAGGUGUUGUGAUGCACGGAGGGACUUGGAGCUUGCUAUUGGUGGAGUUCUCCGGGCUGAACAGCAAAUUAAAGAUAACCUGCAAGAGGUCAAAGCCCAGAUUCACAGCUGCAUAAGCCGUCACCUGGAAUGCCUUCGAAGCCGUGAGGUGUGGCUGUAUGAGCAGGUAGAUCUCCUCUAUCAGCUUAAAGAGGAGACACUUCAGCAGCAGACCCAACAGCUCUACUGGUUACUGGGCCAGUUCAAUUGUCUUAUUCAUCAGCUAGAGUGCACCCAAAACAAAGAUCUAGCCAAUCAAGUUUCUGUGUGCCUGGAGAGACUGGGCAAUUUGACCCUCAAACCCGAAGAUUCGACUGUCCUGCUGUUUGAAGCAGACACAACUGCUCUGCGUCAGGCCAUCACCACGUUUGGAUCCCUCAAGACCAUUCAAAUUCCUGAGCACCUGAUUGCUCACGCUAAUUCAUCGAAUAUUGGGCCUUUCCUGGAGAAAAGAGGUUAUAUCCCAUUGCCAGAACAGCAGAAGUCAGCAUCCAGCACCACGGCUGUCUCUCUCAGUGACUGGCUCCUUGGAAGCAAACCUGCCAGUGGUCGUCAGGCUCCUUACAUCCCCAGCACCAACCUCCAGGACUGGCUCACCCAAAAGCAGACCUUGGAGAACAGUCAGACUUCUGCCAGAGCCUGCAAUUUCUUCAGUAAUGUCUGGGGCAACGUAAAGGGCUUAGAAAACUGGCUCUACAAGAGUCAGCAACAAGAGGUUCCUGAAAAACCAACUUCCCAAAAGUGUAACAGCCAUUCUACCACCAGUUCUUACUCUGUUGAAAUUGAAAAGGUUGGAGACCUGGACCUUCUUGAUCAAGAUGAGAUGGACCUUUCUGAUUGGCUGGUGACUCCUCAGGAAUCCCUGGAGAAGCCUGGGAAUGGCAGCUGUGAAACCAGUGAGAAGUUGAAGCUCCUGUUGCACGUGUUCCAGGAGCCCUACAGUGUGAAUGAUUGGCUUGUCAAGCCCGAUUCCUGUACCAAUUGUCGGGGCAACCAGCCCAAGGGUGUAGAGAUCGAAAACCUAGGCAAUCUGAAGUGCCUGAAUGACCAUUCUGAGGCCAAGAAACCCUUGUCUACUCUGAGCCUGAUUACGGAGGAUUGGCUUGUUCAGAACCAUCAGGACCCAUAUAAAGUAGAGGAGGUAUGCAAGGCCAACGAGCCCUGUACAAGCUUUGCAGAGUGUGUGUGUGAUGAGAACUGUGAGAAGGAAGCUCUGUGUAAAUGGCUUCUGAAGAAAGAAGGAAAAGACAAAAAUGGUAUGCCUGUGGAACCAAAUCCUGAGCCUGAGAAGUGUACAGAUUCCCUGAGUAUGUGGCUCUGUCCUUCCAGAAAAGAGGCAACACAACAAGCUAAGAUGUCAAAGGCAGUGGCUCCUUCUAGAAUUGCUGAUUCCUUCCAAGUCAUAAGGAACAGUCCUUUGUCAGAGUGGCUCAUCACACCCUCAUGCAAAGAAGGUUGUCCCAAAGAAGUGCCUAGUAUUGAAGAUAGAGCUGGCAAGCAAAAGCUUAUGAACCCGGCGGCCACUUCGUGGUGUCCCUUAAACACAGCUGACUGGGUCUUGCCAGGAAAGAAAAUGGGAAACCUCAGCCAGUUAACUUCAAGAGAAGACAAGUGGCUACUUCGAAAGAAGGCCAAGGAAGUAUUACUUAACUCACCCCUACAGGAGGAACAUAACUUUCCCCAAGACCGUUACGGCCUCCCAGCAGUUUGUGACCUCUUUGCCUGUAUGCAGCUUAAAGUUGACAAAGAAAAGUGGUUAUAUCGAACUCCUCUACAGAUGUGAAAGAGUGGAACACGAAUCAAACAGCUUUUCUGCAAAUUUACACAUCCAUGGGCCGAGUGACUGUGUGGCUUACCAAAUCAUUGUGUUUCUGGGUCUGACCAGUCAGCUUAGUUCCUUUCCUGUCUAAUUUUUA